AUGCCAGCCAAUGAAACCAGUGCCUUUGAAGAUGAGACUCUGAAGCUUCGACAGCUGAAACUGGAAAAUCAGAGAGCACUUCUGGAGAAGAAGCAGAGGAAGAAGCGCUUGGAGCCCCUCAUGGUCCAGCCAAACCCAGAAGCCCGGCUCUGUCGCCUGAAGCCCAGCAGCAGUGAGGAGCACACGCCUCUGGUAGAACCUCAGACUCUUCACAGUGAUGUCAUCCUACAUGGCAUUGAUGGUCCAGCUGCUUUCCUAAAGCCAGAUGCUCAUGAUGUGGAGACCAAACUUCAUAUUCUCUCAGUAGGCUCUUCUGCUACAGAGGAAGAUACUGAAGUCAGUGUUGGUGAAGAAAGCACUAUAAACUGUACUUCCAAACAAGACCUUCAGGAAAUUCUCCAAAAACAUGGCCUCUCGGGCAGUUUGAACUUUGAUGAGGAGUCUGAUGAUGAAGAAGAAGGGGAAAAACUAAAUUCCGAGUCACAUCAUUCAGAGACAGAGAGGCCCAGUUCUGCAUCCAGCCAGAAAUCGACCACAACCACAGGAGCUUCGGGUACCACAGCCCCACAGGUGGACACCCAGCUGGGAGAACCAGAGAACCUGGAGGACUUUGCUUACAGCCCCGCCCCCCGCGGUGUCACUGUGAAGUGCCGGAUAACCAGGGAUAAGAAAGGAAUGGAUCGAGGUCUCUUCCCCACGUACUUUAUGCACUUGGAAAAAGACGACAAUCGGAAAAUAUUUCUUCUUGCAGGCAGAAAGCGGAAAAAGAGCAAAACAUCCAACUAUCUGAUCUCCACUGACCCAACAGAUUUAUCUCGAGAAGGGGAAAGUUAUAUUGGCAAGCUCAGGUCUAACCUUAUGGGGACCAAGUUUACGGUGUAUGACCAUGGUGUCAGCCCAGUGAAGGCCCAGGGCCUGGUGGAGAAGGCCCACACCCGGCAGGAGCUGGCUGCCAUCUGUUACGAAACAAAUGUGCUUGGAUUUAAAGGGCCUAGGAGAAUGUCUGUGAUUAUUCCAGGGAUGAAUAUGAAUCAUGAACGGAUCCCAUUUCAGCCACGAAAUGACCACGAGAGCUUGCUUUCCAAGUGGCAGAGCAGAGCCAUGGAGAACCUGAUUGAGCUGCACAACAAAGCCCCAGUGUGGAAUGAUGACACACAGUCCUAUGUCCUCAACUUCCAUGGCCGGGUCACUCAGGCGUCAGUGAAGAACUUCCAGAUAGUGCAUGAUAACGACCCUGAUUACAUCGUCAUGCAGUUUGGGCGUGUGGCAGACGACGUGUUCACCCUGGACUACAACUACCCGCUCUGUGCACUCCAGGCUUUCGCUGUCGGGCUCUCCAGCUUUGACAGCAAGCUGGCGUGUGAGUGAGGAAACGGCGGCGGAGUCUCCUCCUCUUCACACAGAGCUCUUGGUCUACCCCUUGGAGCCGGGCAUGUAACUCAGCGGCACGGUGCCUGCCUGGCAAGCGCAAGGUCCUGAGUUCAAUUCCUGGUACAAAAAACCGAAAAAGUCUGUCCCUUCUAAUGACCCCUGAGCACACAGAUGUGUGUGGUGUUUGUGCAGAUGUGAGCACAGGUAUGUUCCUCAACACAUUGGGGCACAGCUUGCUGAGUGAACUGUUUUAGCCAGAAGGCCACUUGUCAGGGCACCGGGGACUUCUGAAGUCACUGUCCUGUUUCUCCUGAGAAAGAUUUUCUGUGCUGAGAAACUCAUAGCCGAAGAACCAGAUCAAGCUCUCACAGUUAUUUUUAUUUCAUUUUAUUUUUUUGAGACUGUGGUUCUCUCUAUGUAGUCCAGGCCAGCCUUCAGUUUGUGUUCCUCCUGCCUUAGCCUCCUGAGUACAGGGGUUACUGAUGUAGACCCUAGUCCCUGGAUUCUAGAUCCUUUUUUUUUUUUUAAGGUACCGGGGAUUAAACUCAGGACCCUGUGCUUGCCAGGCAAGCACUUAUUCUACUGAGCUAUCUCCCCGGCCCCCUAUAGAUCUUUUUUUCAGAGAGAGACAGUUCCCUGAAUUGCCUUUAGCCUGCAGGCUGAAAAGCAUGCACACUCAAUGAAAGUCCUACUAGUCUCACAAUUACUCAGAUCUGUCUUUGUAGUACAAAUGCAGCACAGAUAGCCCCACGCAGAGGAGUGUGGCUGUGUUCCAAUAAACCACUUACACGGAAGAGGCAGAGGGCCACAUCUGACCCAUACCCUGCUUUAGGUCUGUCCUUGUACUCUGUGGCUCAAGCAUCUCCACAGCAGCCUACAGUCACAAGCUGUGAGUAGAAAGUGGCAUAGUUUGGGCCCACAGCCCUACAAAUUGUCUUCACCAACAUCCACAUAGCUCUGCUUUUGGUGACAAUGGCUCUAGAGUGCCAUCAGGACUGAGAGAACCCAGAGUCAGCGCACUGUGCUGCACUGUCCCACCAAACUUCCUCAUGGGAGAAAAGAACCCAGGCACACUCAUGGACUCACAGGGGCUGUGCUUUCAUGGUCCUCUUCCCUGUGAUUGGCAGCUGCCCAUCUCAGUUAAGUGUGUGUGGCCAGGUGUGCCAUCAGCUUUGGCAGCGUUGGCUCUAAUUGUCUUCACCUCAGCAUAGGGGACUGUCUAGGGAAAACCCAGAAUCUUUUGAUCGCUGCCUCUAUUCUCAGCCCAGGUGUGCUUCCCACACUCAUCUGCAGGCACUGAAGUGGGCGAGGGAGCACCACACACAGGCACUGGAGCAGUGCCCUUGCCGGGAGAGGCGGCCUGGACUCUGCAGACCUCACUUGGACAGAGCUUGGCUCCAUGGUGGCCUUGCUUCUGGGUCCUGAACCUGCCCGAGCAGUGUGGACGGUGCUCCUGGGCCACCCACACAGGUCCUAAAGCUCCUGCUCAGUCUCUCCAGUUACACACCUUCCCAGAAAAUUGGAACUGUCCUACCAUGCUCUGGCCCACUGUAUCAGCACACAGCGUUGCUCAGCUACCAGGCCUCUGUGCUCUGAGCUGCCUGCCAACCUGGGAUAAGGAGUCAGUGCCCCAGAUAAUUCUCUUCUUUGGGCCUUCUUUCUGCUUCUGUUGUUCCUCACUCCACAUCUAAUAGCCCUGUGAAGGCCAGAGAUCCAGGAUGAGCAGGCCCUGCUGUGUUGGGCCGGCUUGUUCUGAGAAGACUGUUUCCAUCUCAGGCAAGCUUCCCAUCAAGUGCCUCAUUUCUAAAAGUGCCCUGAGGCCCGUCUGCCUCUGCCACCCACUGUCCCAAGCUAAUGAGCCACCCCUGUUGAAACAAAGCUGUCUCCUCUCCAGCUGCAGGGUGUCACAGAGCCUGGAGACCUCCAGCAGGACAACUCAAUCACAUCCUCUGUCCUCUGGCUCACAGAGCCACAGCCCCACUG